GAGCAGGGGGCUGAGCGCGAGCGGCCGGCGCGGCCCCGGGCGGUUCCCUGCGGUGCAAUAUGUUCAAGAGAAUGGCUGAGUUCGGGCCUGACUCCGGGGGAAGAGUGAAGGGAGUUACUAUUGUGAAACCUAUAGUUUAUGGAAAUGUUGCACGUUAUUUUGGAAAGAAGAGAGAGGAAGAUGGACACACACAUCAGUGGACAGUUUAUGUAAAGCCUUACAGAAAUGAGGAUAUGUCUGCUUACGUGAAGAAAAUUCAAUUUAAACUACAUGAAAGCUAUGGUAAUCCUUUAAGAGUUGUUACCAAACCACCAUAUGAAAUCACUGAAACGGGUUGGGGUGAAUUUGAAAUCAUCAUCAAGAUAUUUUUUAUUGAUCCCAAUGAAAGACCUGUAACUUUAUAUCAUUUGCUGAAGCUGUUUCAAUCCGACACCAAUGCAAUACUGGGAAAGAAAACUGUAGUAUCCGAGUUUUAUGAUGAGAUGAUAUUUCAAGAUCCUACUGCUAUGAUGCAGCAGCUUUUGACAACAUCUCGUCAGCUAACUCUAGGAGCUUAUAAGCAUGAAACAGAGUUUGCAGAUCUUGAAGUAAAAACCCGGGAAAAGCUGGAAGCUGCCAAAAAGAAAACCAGUUUUGAAAUUGCUGAGCUUAAAGAGAGAUUAAAAGCAAGUCGUGAAACUAUCAACUGUUUAAAGAGUGAAAUCAGGAAACUUGAAGAAGACGACCAGUCUAAAGAUAUCUAACAAGUAUCAAUUUGAUAGAGACUUAGCUGUAAAUAAAGGGACUUGGAUCAUGGAACAAUGUUAACAUAGUCUCCUCUGUGAAAUUUGAGGGACUAUGUACAGUUUCAUCCAUGAAUUUCAUUUCAAAAGAUUGUUGUAUGUGAGGCUAGCUUUACAGAUGAAAACUGUCCAGUGUUUGAACUAUAGAAGUAUGUGACAUUUCUAUUUUUCUAUCAUUUUUAAAGAAUGUAAUUCUUUGAAAUCGACUUUUUAAAAAUUUCAUUGAGUGCAGCAUGGUAACUUUGUAUUAAAUCUCAGGUUACUAUGAUUUACAACAUGUAAUCAGUCUUCAAUACUCCAUCUACUCUUCCUAAAUGAUUGGAGACAAAUCUUUAAAACUGAACAUUAAACUUGUAGUAGCUUUUUCAUUGUUAGGAAUCUGAAACUCCUCUACUUAGUUGGUGGCUUCACAUCCAGUAUGAUGAGUAAACUUGAAGGGAGAGGUUAAAAUCUUUGGUAUGCAGGUAGAUUAGGCCUAUCAGUUUAAAGUUACAUCUGCACUUCUGUUUUCUGGUAUUGGUAUUAUUAGGAAAAAGUGAGCUGGUAAAAAUUCAGGAAGAUGAGAUUCUUUUAACUAGCAGUUCUACUUUACAAAUGGUACAGAGACAAACUAUACAAAUGUAGAUCAAACUUGUAUAAAUGCAGCAACCACAUUACUUAUAUUCCAAGAUGUAAGGUGACUUGUCAUGUUUUGCAACUUAAUAUAUUAGUAUUAUACUGUG